CAUACAUAUAACAAGGCCUAUACAUCUAUUAAUAACAGGCCUCACGCAAAAGAUGUCCCGGCACCCUUGUCUCUUGCCUCCCUAUUCGCUCUCCCUGCUCUUCGUCGCGCAGAUGGGUUAACCUGCUACGGGCAUGAUCGGGACCUGGUAAUCAAACAUGUUCCAUCUAGCACAUACUUACCAUAAGCCGGUUCCACGCAAUCGCAAUCUCGAUGCGACCUCCUAACCGUCAAAACGACAGCUCUCACCAUCCACGGCCGUGUCGGUUGUCCGACGGAUGGUUUUCGCUUCCUCUGGAGGGAGCUGACGCCGGUGACUUCGGAGCGACACGAGAGAGGCCGAGAGAGCGAGCGCGAAAGUAUAGAGCCAGGGAGAGAGGGAGACGGCGAGGAAGAGGGAGAGGCGAAGGGGGUCUGCUACCAGGGCGCGAAGGAAAUGUGUAGGAAAUGCCUCUCGUCGAAAGCACCAGAGCUGCGACACGCUGGAUCACCCGCGCAGUCCCCCCGAUUCUGGCCGCGGCCGUGAGCUACGCAACUUAUGUUGUUGUCGGGCGCGUCUGCUCCAGUGACCUCAUCAACACGCGAGGCGAUGUCGGCCCAGCCAUUGCCAUCCUCGUCCUAUACUUUCUGCUCCUACUCUUGAUGAUCGCUACCUAUCUCCGAACCCUCACCACCGUCCUGCUCGAUCCUGGGCUCGCGCCCCUCGGCCCACUAGCGGUAGACCGCAGGAAGAAAGAAACCGAGAAACGAGCGCGAGCGCAUAGGCGGGACGACCUCGAAGGCCAGCCCUACUACACCGGUCCCGAUCCCAAUCCGGACAGCCCGGGCCUAGAACAGUUCUACACCAAGGACGUCUUCGUUUGCGAGAACGAUGGCCGCCCCAAAUGGUGCUCCGAAUGCUGCAAUUGGAAAGCGGACCGAGUCCACCAUAGUAGCGAGAUCAACCGAUGCGUCAUGCGCAUGGAUCACUACUGUCCGUGGGUCGGUGGUAUGGUCGGGGAGAACUCUUUCAAGUUCUUCGUACAGUUCGUCAUGUAUACCGCCUGCUACUGCGGUCUCGUUCUCGGAGCCGUGGGCUCUAGCUUCCGCAGGGGGUUGAAUGAGGGCAUCCCGCUGGAUCCCCAUUCUGUAGCGGUCCUCGCCCUCGCGGGAUUCUUUGGACUCUUCACGUCCCUGAUGACCAUCACAUCAACACGAUACAUCAUCUACAACAUGACAAACGUAGACAUAUUAGGGUAUCACUCCAAGGUGUAUCAACUGGCGGUUUACGUGCCCCGCGGCACCGAAUCGACGGACAGAUACUCCACAGUAACCUACCCGCUUCCGCGGCCCGGCGAAUCGGCCAACAGCCGUUCCAACAGCGCGGCGGGCCCCCGAAAUACCGAAAGCGGUAGCAGCUUCGGCAUACGCCCGAGUCACUCUCGCCCCACCGCCCGUGACGAUCUAGCAACCCGGACUUUCGCGAUACUCAAGACCGAACCGGGAGAGAACCCGUGGGACCUAGGCGCAUGGCAGAACUGGCAGGCUGUGAUGGGCGUUCGCGUUCUCGAUUGGUUCCUGCCCUUCCGAAGGUCGCCAUGUGUCAAUCACGAGAGUCAUGCUAGUUUCUACCCUAUGGGUCACGUCUUAGACGAUAUUCGCGCGCGAUAUAAUCUCCCUGACACUGCGAUAAAUGACGGCGCGGGCCUCGAAAUGAGGGAGCUCCGAGCAAAUCGGUUUUCAAUAGCACAUUAAUGAUACCCCCCUUGGGAAACUGGAGUUUGACACGGGUUUGGGGGAUUCGGGACCUGGCUAUACCACACGGCAUUUUGGUAUCAUUCAUACCUACAGUAUAUAGAUAGAGAGAGAAGGGCGAGUAGGUAUCGCCUACCUAUUAAUGGCGUAAUUGAAGUAAUCCUAGCUCGAGAA